UUUUAAAAUUAUAAAUAUUUUUUUCCAACAAAUUAAAUAGAAUUCUCUCAAUUUAUAAACAACGCUCAUGACAUUAAUCAGUGAUAACUGCAAUGGAACGAAAUGAACGUACACCCUGAACUAGUGCUGCGUUCUUUUGACAAGUGAGUCAUUCAGUCGAACUAAUUCCUUGAGCACUGCACAACUCUACAAACAAAGGACGCAAAGGACGCACCAAAAUACGCAUACACAACAAAACGCGAAAUGCCACGGAAUGGCGGCAUCGAAGCCGGCAAUAACGGUGGCAUGGGCUCCACAUCCACAGCGACUAACGAUGGCUGCAUAUAUCCGGACGAUGUCAUUUUAGAAAAGGGCGUAACAUUCAAUGUACGUUACACGGGCUGCGUUGAGGUCAAGACCUCAAUGAAAUCACUGGACUUUGAGACGCGCACACAGCUGGCACGAGAAUGUAUCAAUCGCGUGUGCGAAGCAGCAGGCUUAAAAUCGGCCAGUAAACGGCGAUUGGACAAGAAGUUAUACAACUUUAUAUCGGAUCGACCGAGCAUGCAACAUGCUGGCACCAACAUCAUCAUCAAUGUGUCGAGUCGAGCGCUCACGCUGAGCAAUGUGGACACUGGCGAAGUGAUUGCCAAUCACAACAUGCCGCGCAUUUCCUUUGCUUCCGGUGGCGACAAUGAUACCCUUGAUUUCCUGGCCUACAUUGCGAAGAGGGAGGGCGACGAGUGGCGGGCAUGUUAUGUGCUGGAAUGCGCUGGCGGCCAGAGCGAAGACUUAAUUGUGACCAUUGGCAAAGCGUUUGUGCUGCGCUUCAAUGCAUUGAACAAAAUGAACAACGAUCAACAUCAUCAUCAGCAUCAUCAAGCGUCAUCAGCGAAUAACGCGCUUGUCGAUGGCAUGAUGAGUCAGAGCUGCAAGGAGAAUGUGAAAGAGUAUUACAAUGAUUUGCCCAACAAGCUGCCACCGGAUUUGCCAUGCGAGGAGCAACAACAGCAAAUGCCACUGCAUCCGCAUGCACCGCGUGUGGCACAAUUGAAUUUAAAGAAACCGCGCGAUCGCUUGAGCAGCAAUCUCAUCGAUCUUAACUCCCCGCCACCCGAUCAAACCACCAAUAAGCUAGCACUGGGCAACUUUGAUCCAUUGCACGCAGCAACAACAGCAGCAGCAGCUGCUACAACUGCCGCUGCCCUUGCAACAGCAUCCACAGUACGCGACGUCUUCGAUGGCGCCCAGUGUCCGCUGACAGCCGAAGUUUGGUUUCAUGCGGCCAUCUCGCGACCCAUUGCCGAGCGCAUGUUGCUCCAGGAUGGCGAUUUCUUAGUGCGCGAAUCUCAGGGCAAGCGUGGACAAUACGUGUUGACAGGGCUGGAGGGGAAGACACCGAAGCAUCUGCUGCUCAUCGAUCCCGAGGGCGUGGUGCGCACCAAAGAUCGCAUAUUCGAUAGCAUCAGUCAUUUGAUCAACUAUCAUUGGGUGCAUGCGUUGCCCAUCAUAUCGGAGGAUUCGGAGCUGGUCUUGCGUAAUCCAGUGCGACGAUCACCGCCCCAGCAACACGAUCAGGCAGCAGUUGCUGAUAACGCAGCUUAAAAAAGCAUUACAAUUUUCUUCAUAUUUACCAUAAAAUACAUAUUCAUCAUAUCUAUAUACACACACAUAAUUAUAUAGUAUACAAAUACAUAUAUACAUACACACAUAUAUAUAUAUAUAUAUAUAUUAUUUAUUCACAGU